AUGUCGAUUGUCAGCAUCGUCGCCAGGGAGAUCCUGGACUCCCGAGGGAACCCCACGGUGGAGGUGGACCUCCGCACUGACAAAGGAGUCUUCCGAGCGGCGGUGCCUAGCGGCGCGUCGACGGGCAUCUAUGAGGCCUUGGAGCUACGAGACGGAGACAAGAGCAGAUACAAGGGAAAAGGCGUUUUGAAGGCUGUGGGACACAUCAACGACACAUUGGGUCCUGCGCUCAUCGCUUCUGGGAUCAGCGUGGUGGAACAAGAGCAGCUGGACAACAUGAUGAUUGAGAUGGACGGCACGGAAAAUAAAUCUCAGUUCGGCGCCAACGCUAUCCUGGGCGUUUCAUUGGCUGUCUGCAAGGCAGGAGCCGCCCACAAGGACAUGCCCCUCUACAGACACAUCGCCGACCUGGCGGGAAAUACGGAAAUGGUUUUGCCCGUUCCUGCCUUUAAUGUGAUUAAUGGAGGUUCUCACGCUGGAAACAAACUGGCCAUGCAGGAGUUUAUGGUCCUUCCUGUGGGCGCAGAAUCCUUCAAGGAGGCGUUGAGGAUAGGCUCGGAGCUGUACCACACGCUGAAAGGAGUCAUCCAGCAAAAGUACGGCCAGGACGCCACCAACGUAGGGGAUGAGGGUGGCUUCGCCCCCAACAUCCUGGAGAACAGCGAGGCUCUGGACCUCCUUCAGACGGCCAUCGAGAAGGCGGGCUUCACGGACAAGGUGGUGGUGGGCAUGGACGUGGCCGCCUCCGAGUUCUACCGUGACGGCAAGUACGACCUUGACUUCAAGUCCCCGCCGGACGCCGAACGCCACAUCAGCGCCGAGGAGUUGGCAGACAUCUACCGGGGCUUCGUUGAUAACUACCCAGUGGUGUCUAUCGAGGACCCUUUCGACCAGGACGACUGGGAAGCCUGGUCCCGUCUGACGGCCAGGGUGGGCAUCCAGGUGGUGGGCGACGACCUGACGGUGACCAACCCCAAGCGCAUCGAGAAGGCGGCCGAGGAACGCGCCUGCAAUUGCCUGCUGCUCAAAGUCAACCAGAUCGGAUCCGUCACCGAAGCCAUACAAGCGUGCAAACUGGCGCAGGCCAACGGCUGGGGCGUCAUGGUGAGCCAUCGCUCCGGGGAGACCGAGGACACCUUCAUCGCCGACCUGGUGGUCGGACUGUGCACUGGACAGAUUAAAACUGGCGCCCCCUGCAGGUCCGAAAGGUUGGCCAAGUACAACCAGUUGAUGAGGAUCGAGGAGGAGUUGGGAGAUCAAGCCCGCUUUGCAGGACACAACUUUCGGAACCCCAGCGUCCUCUGA